AUGAAGCUACCAACUGUAUUUCCUAGGACUACGAUACCUCCCCCGGAGGUGAACGAGACGGAAUCCAUGCCUAAAGAAGCUAUCAGUAAUGGGAAGGGAGAAAAUCUUGAUCCAUCAAUGGCAAUGCAAUCUAUGACAAUCCAUGAAAGGUUUGAGAUAUUCAUGAACGAGACUAGCUUCACGGCACUCACACGGAUCCACAAAGCUAACUCUAUCAUCAAACGUGUCAUCUGGUUCGUCGUACUCGUUGCAAUGUUAGCUUGGUUAAGUAUCCAAUGUUUCUGGCUUUUCGAGAAGUACUUUAAAUAUCCAGUUGACGUGAAAAUCGAACUGGUCUCUUCUACAAAGAUGGAUUUUCCAAGUGUAACCAUCUGUAAUCGGAAUCCAUUGAGAAACAGCAUGAUUGCGUAUUCCCCGUUUCGUACCAUGCAGGACGAUUUCUUGAAGGUUAAACAAGAUGACAGUUUAUACGAAAUGGCCUACGACAUGAUGUUCAAACCAGGUCAACAGAAUUCAACACCCUCCACGGGCACGACAUUGUGGCCUAGCACACCUCAAAACAGCGUUCCAUCUAACUCAGUCCCAAGCUCGAGCACAACUGGUACCACUCCUUCAUCUACCACAGAAUCUAUGUUAGAUCGGAUGAAAGAAAACGAUUUCAAUGUAUGGGAAGCUUUGUCCGACCCUACUACAGCGGAUAGUUUUUAUAACACGAAAAGCUCGGAUAUUACAAAUACUUUGGCCUAUUCCGGGUUUGCUGCCACUAUAGACGAGAAUGAACUCGAAGAUUAUGGUCACCAAAUUGAGGAUUUACUCAUGUCCUGCACAUUUCAAGGGUAUCCAUGUUCUACAAAGAAUUUCACUUAUGUACACAAUUCCAAGUAUGGCAACUGUUUCACAUUCAAUCACCAUAAGAACAACCAGACAACGAUUUCUAGCUCGUAUCCGGGUCCUCUUAUGGGACUAGUAAUGGAAUUUAACAUAGAACAAUCAGAGUAUGUUGAAUCCCUGGCGCCAGAGGCCGGUGUACGUGUCCUUGUCCACCAGAGGGGGACAUUUCCGGUUCCGGAUGACGAUGGCUUCUAUAUUGCUCCAGGAUUUGUUACUUCUGUCGGAAUACAUGAGGUUCGAAUUACCCGCUUGCCACCGCCCCAUGCCAGUUGUGCUGAGCAAGCUGUGAAGACGGACUAUUACCAGGAGAAGUACGGAACCCUGUACACCAAGCAGCCUUGCCUCAAAUCAUGUUACCAGGAUAACAUCAUGCAAAUGUGUAACUGUGCUGUAGCCUACUACCUCAUUCCUGAAGGAGCGAGUGUGUGUGACGUGUCAAACGACACCAUUACUUUUGAUGUCACUCUACAUUGUCGAUACCUUAUUCCAGGCGAUUGUUUGGUAGAAGCAACAAAGAACUGUGGUGGGUGCAGCAACUUGUGUCCUGAUCCUUGCAGUGAGAGAAAGUACCAGCCUUACGUCUCCAUGGCCUCAUGGCCUUCAGAUGCAUACUCUAACAGUCUUGAUCAUCGACUCAUGCGGUCUUCUACAGACUUUAUGGAACAAAGUCAUCUCAGCUCCAGGUCCAAUAACGUGGCGAAAAUGGAAAUCUUCUUCAAGGAGAUGAUCUACGAAAAUAUCGAACAACAGAAAGGUUACGAGUCACAGAACUUGAUUUCUGAUGUUGGAGGACAACUUGGUUUAUGGCUUGGAUUAUCCGCCAUAACAAUAGGAGAACUGGUUGAGUUCUUUGCGGCCAUCUUCAAAGCUGUCACAGCGAAAGCGGUACGUCGUCGCACUUACGAUGGAGAGCCAGCCAGGAAGUUCAAGGACAUUGCCAUUCAUGUAGGAAGACAAAAACGUGACGUCAAUGAUACCAUGCGCGUGGAAUCAUUGACAGACUAA